AUGGAAAGAUUAGCUCAAUUAGCAUUACAAACUACUGCAGCAGUUGGUGCUCCACCAGCUCCAGCUCAUCCUUUAGAUCCAUUAUCACCUCAAGAAAUUAAAUCAGUUUCAAAUAUUGUUAGAAAUAAUUACAAGAAUAAAUCAAUUAUUUUCAAUACUGUUACUUUAAGAGAACCAAUUAAAAGAGCAUAUUAUGAAUGGAAAGAAAAAAAUGGUCCAAAACCACCGAGAAUUGCUUAUUUUGUAAUUGUUGCUGAAGGUGAUGAAGGUGUCCAUGAAGGUUUAGUUGAUAUUUCUAAUCAAGAAUUAAUUGAAUUUAAAAACACUACAGGUGUUCAACCAAUUUUAACUCCUUAUGAUUUACAAAAAACUGAAAAUAUUGUUCGUAAUGAUCCUGAAGUUAUUAGACAAUGUGAAUUGAGUGGUUUACCAAAAGGUCAAAUGGAUAAAAUUUAUUGUGAUGCUUGGACUAUUGGUUAUGAUGAAAGAUGGGGUGCAGGUAAAAGAUUACAACAAGCUUUAAUGUAUUAUAGAUCAGAUGAAGAUGAUUCUCAUUAUUCACAUCCAUUUGAUUUUUGUCCAAUUGUUGAUAUGAAUGCUGGUAAAGUUAUUUCCAUUGAUAUUCCUCAAGUUAGAAGACCACUUUCUAAAUUUAAACAUUCAAGUUUCCAUCCAAAACAUAUUCAAGAAAAAUUUGGUACUAAAGAAAAUCCAUCAGGUUAUAGAGAUGAUAAUACUAUUAUCAAUAUUACUCAACCAAAUGGUGUUUCAUUUAAAUUAGAUGGUAAUGUUAUGACUUGGUCAAAUUUCAAAUUCCAUAUUGGUUUCAAUUAUCGUGAAGGUAUUGUUUUAAGUGAUAUGACUUGGAAUGGUCAUGGAAAACCAAGAUCAUUAUUUCAUCGUAUUUCUUUAUGUGAAAUGGUGGUUCCAUACGGUUCACCAGAUUUCCCACAUCAAAGAAAACAUGCUUUAGAUAUUGGUGAAUACGGUGCUGGUAAUUGUACAAAUCCAUUAGCUUUAGGUUGUGAUUGUAAAGGUGUUAUUCAUUAUAUGGAUGCUCAUUUCCCAGAUAAAGAUGGUGAAGCAACUACUGUUAAAAAUGCUGUUUGUAUUCAUGAAGAAGAUGAUGGUUUAUUAUUUAAACAUUCAGAUUUUAGAGAUGAUUUCCAAACUAAUGUUACUACAAGAGGUAAGAAAUUAAUUGUUUCACAAAUUUUUACAGCUGCUAAUUAUGAAUAUUGUUUAUAUUGGAUUUUUAGACAAGAUGGUACUAUUAAAUUAGAAGUUAGAUUAACUGGUAUAUUAAAUACUUAUAUUUGUGGUGAUAAUGAAGAUAUUGGACCAUGGGGUACAAAAGUUUAUCCAAAUGUUAAUGCUCAUAAUCAUCAACAUUUAUUCUCAUUAAGAUUACAUCCAAGAAUUGAUGGUGAUAAUAAUUCAGCAGGUACAAGUGAUGCUAGACCAUCACCAUUCCCAACUGGUUCAAAUGAAAAUAUGUAUGGUAAUGCUUUCUAUUGUGAUAAACAAACUUUUAAAACUGUUAAAGAUGGUGUUACUAAUCUUGAUGGUGCAACUGCAAGAACUUGGGAUAUUUUUAAUCCAAAUUCAAUUCAUCCAUAUUCAGGUAAACCAGCUACUUAUAAAUUAGUUUCAACUUUCUGUUCACCAUUAUUAGCUCAAGAAGGUUCAUUAGUUAGAAAAAGAGCUCCAUGGGCUGCUAAUCAUACUCAAGUCAUUCCAUAUAAAGAUGAUCAAUAUGGUUAUGGUUUAUUAUAUCCAUCAGGUGAUCAUGUUGCUCAAUGGAGUGGUGAUGGUAAAAGAGGUAUGAGAGAAUGGAUUGGUGAUGGUAAAGCAAGUAUUGAUAAUACUGAUAUUGUUUUCUUCCAUACUUUUGGUAUUACUCAUUUCCCAGCUCCAGAAGAUUUCCCAGUUAUGCCAACAGAGAUUUUUGAUUUACAAUUAAGACCAAGAAAUAUUCAUCUUGAAAAUCCUGUAUUGGAUGUUAGACCAUCAUAUGCUAGAACAACAAAAGAAGUUAAAGCUAAUGCAGUAGGUGUUGAUACUUGUAGUUUGACUGUUGAUAAAUCUUCAAGAUUAGCUACUGAAUGUGUUCAAAAAUAA